AGUUAUUUCAGUGUUUUUGUUUACUUUCUACCCCGAGACCCAGGCACCACAUAAUUUAUUCCUGCCGUUAUCAAUUAUCAAUUUAUCAACCAAUCUGGUCAAACGUGUUGCGGCGACAAACAGUUACUGACAUCAAAGACGACGACACCGGAUACUCGGCAAACCUUUGCAAUUAUAACUAUAUGUGGCCCAACUAAUACGUUCCUCUCCUUUACGAUAACCCAAUUUGAACAACAAUGUCUACAAGGCCGACUCGUCGUGCCGCAGCGGCUCGACGCACAGCUAUUAUCGAAUCGGAAGAUGAAGAGGAUGCCAUCGCGAACACUAGUAGAAAGAUAAAGGAGGAGGAGAGUGAAGAAGAAUUUGCUCCGGAGACAUCAACCGCUAGAACUUCGCGGCGUCAAACUCAGAGUAGAAGGAAAUCUGCAGUACCUGCGACACCGCGCGUGGGCCGACCAAGAAAGAGCACUGCCAGCGUCGCCUUGGAGCCCUCUAUAGAUGAAAGCCAAGUCCCCGAUCCCGAUAAAACAGCUACCUCAAUACUCAGCCCAGAGCCGACACCUAAUAAAGCCACUCCGAGGAAACGAAAGAGCGUUGCGCCGCGCAAGGUCGUCAAAGAGCUUACACCCGUCAAGGAGCCCACGACCGAGCGUACGCCUGAUAGUCAACGCCGUAUUCCGACACCCGCUCGGUCCGAAGAGCCAUCCGAACUCCACGGCACACCCCAAGCUGAUGUCACCGAACAGAGUGUCAACGAGCAACAGCAAGAUCCAGAUGAGACCAUUACUCAGGUCAAGCCUAUUAAGGCCAUGGACACUGUCCUGGAGAGGCCUAUGGAUAUUGUUCUGAAGUCGCGUAAGAUGGCAGUGCCCGUCGUUGAAGAUACAGGUCCCAAAGCCCGUAUUGUUAUUACGUACUUAAUCUUGACCAACUUCAAGAGUUAUGCCGGAAGACAAGAGGUUGGCCCGUUCCAUUCCUCUUUCUCUUCGGUGGUAGGACCCAACGGUUCCGGUAAAUCGAAUGUCAUCGAUUCGCUUCUUUUCGUCUUUGGAUUUAGGGCGAGUAAGAUGCGGCAGGGCAAGAUAUCUGCUCUGAUCCAUAACUCCGCCGCCUACCCAAAUCUAGACCACUGCGAGGUUGCUGUUCACUUCCAGGAGGUCAUGGACCUGCCCGGUGGGGGAACGGAAGUUAUUCCCAACUCUCAAAUCAUCAUCUCGAGAAAAGCAUUCAAGAACAAUUCUAGUAAAUACUAUAUAAACGGAGGCGAGUCUACUUUCACAACUGUGACGACUCUGUUACGUGACCGGGGAAUUGAUCUCGAUCAUAAGCGUUUCCUCAUCCUGCAAGGCGAGGUUGAGUCGAUCGCUCAGAUGAAGCCCAAGGCGGGCAAUGAACACGAGGACGGUCUACUAGAAUAUCUAGAAGAUAUCAUUGGUACCUCCAAAUAUAAGACGCCCAUCGAAGAGGCGGCAGCGGAAGUGGAAGCCCUUAACGAAGUCUGUAUGGAGAAGAGCGGCCGUGUUCAGCAUGUGGAAAAGGAGAAGAACAGCCUCGAGGAUAAGAAGAAUAAAGCUUUAGCCUUUAUCCGGGACGAGAACGACUUAACUCUCAAGCAGUCGGCACUCUAUCAACUCUAUAUCAGCGAGUGUAACAAUAACGUGAGCGUUACUGAAGAGGCAAUCAGCCAGAUGCAAGCUCAGCUUGAUGCAGAACUCGAGAAACACCAGGGUAGCGAGCACGUUAUUAAACAGUUGCAAAAGGCUUAUGCUAAGGGGUCCAAGGAAUUUGAGGCACAGGAAAAGCAUGUUCAGUCUCUUGUUAAGGAAGCCUCAAAGUUUGAGCAGGAAAGAGUUAAGUUUGACGAGAAACGCAAAUUCUUGACUGACAAGCAGGAUAAACUAGAGAAGACGAUUGCGACUGCUGAAAAAUCUGCAGCAGAAGCUGAAGAAACUAUUGAACAGUGCACUGAAGAGAUUGCUUCGCGUGCCGAAGAGAUCGCAGCUCUUGAACAACGUGUGCAAAAAGAGGAGGCGGAACUUGCAACGAUACGGGACAGCUUAAAAGGCAAGACACAAGGUUUCUCGGACCAGAUCGCCGCGAAACAGAAGUCCCUCGAGCCUUGGAAGGAAAAGAUUAAUCAGAAGCAGUCUGCGAUUGCUGUCGCAGAGUCUGAAAUGGCCAUUCUAGAAGAGAAGGCCAAUUCUGGCGCUGUUGCACUUGAAGAGAUGCAGACAAAGAUUGCUAACAUCGAAGAGAGUCGAAAAGCGAAACUGGCAGAGCUUAAGGAGUGCCAGGCGGAAAAGGCUAAACUGGAGAAAGAAGCAAAGAAGGUCGUAGCUGACCUGGAAAGCCUGGCCCAGAUGGAGCCUAAGGCUCGGGCAAAGGUUUCGAAUGCUCGACAAAAAGCCGAAGAAGCGCGAUCCAGUCUUUCUCAGACUCAGACACGAGGUAAUGUGCUUACUGCAUUAAUGCGAAUGAAGGAAUCCGGGCGGAUCGAUAGCUUUCACGGUCGUCUCGGAAACCUGGGUACGAUUGAUGAGAAAUACGACGUUGCUAUCUCUACGGCUUGUCCAUCCCUCGAUUCCUUCGUUACUGACACGAUUGAAGCCGGUCGGCAGUGUGUCGAAUAUCUUCGCAAGACCAACCUUGGGCGAGGUAACUUCAUAUGCUUGGAUAAGCUUCGUAGGUACGAUUUACAACCUAUCGAAACACCUGAGAAUGCUCCGCGCCUAUUCGACCUGAUACAAGCUAAAGAAGAAAAAUUCCGCCCUGCUUUCUACGACUCGUUGAAAGAUACUCUAGUCGCCAAAGACCUAGUUCAGGCAAACCGAAUUGCUUACGGCGCCAGACGAUGGCGAGUGGUCACACUUGAUGGAGAACUUAUCGACAAGAGUGGUACCAUGUCUGGCGGUGGCAAUACUGUUAAAAGAGGGUUGAUGUCAAGCAAGCUCGUGGCUGACACGACUAAGGAGCAAGUCACUAAACUUGAAAACGACCGUGACGCCAUUGAGCAGCAGUUUCAAGAAUUCCAGGACCACCAGCGAGAACUUGAGUCUCGUUUAAGGUAUCUAAAAGAUCAGAUUCCCCAGUUAGAUACCAAGAUGCAAAAAAUUGGUCUAGAGAUCCAGAGUGCGGAGAAGAACCUCCUAGACUCUCAGCGGCGUAUCAAGGAGCUGAGCAAGGAACAUCAACCAUCGCAGUCUGAUGAUAACAGAGUCGCCUUGCUGCAAAAGGAGAUUUCCAAAUUAAAUCAAGAGGUAUCAAAACUCCACGCUGAAACGGAAGGUGUGGAGGCAGAGAUUAAGGAGCUCCAGGACAAGAUAAUGGAAGUUGGUGGAGAGAAGCUUCGCGCACAGCGUGCCAAGGUCGAUGCUAUCAAGGAAGAGAUAGCUUCUCAUAACGAGGAAACGUCAAACGCUGAAGUAAAGAAGGCCAAAGCAGAGAAGUCAAAGGCAAAACUUGAGAAAGAGCACGCCAAGGCCACCAAGGAGUUAGAAGCUGCAAUACGCGACCUUGAGAAGUUGGAAGAGGAAGUCGAGAAUCAAGGUAGCAAGUCCGAGUCCUUGAACGCUCGUGUAGAAGAGGCGGAAGAAGAGUUGGCAGAAAAGAAAAAGGAACUCUCUACAUUAAAAUCCGAACUGGACGAGAAAACAUCGGAACUCAACGAAACGCGCGCGGUUGAGAUAGAAAUGCGUAAUAAAUUGGAGGAGAACCAGAAAGUACUGGUCGAAAACCAGAAGCGACUGCGGUACUGGGAGGAGAAGCUGGGAAAGCUUGUUCUUCAGAACGUCAGCGAUUUGAGCGGGCCACCAGCAACCAAGAAGCCGGCUAGGCAGGAAGGCGAGGAAGCAGCGGAAAGCGAGGAGGGCCGACGAUCUGACUGUCCAGAUGAGGGAGAAGAGGAGGAGCAAGAGGAGCAGGAACAGCAGCCAGAGGAAUUACCGCGCUUCACAGAGGAUGAGUUGCAAGAUAUGGAUAAGGAGACCCUAAAAGCCGAGAUUGCAGCACUUGAAGAAAAGACGCAAAAUGUUAACGUGGAUGUCAGCGUCCUAUCGGAGUAUCGCCGUAGAGUCGAGGAGCAUGCAGCUCGGUCUUCCGAUUUAGCAAGUGCUGUGCAGCAACGCGACGCCGCCAAGAAGCGUUGUGACGACCUGCGCCGACUGAGGCUGGAGGGCUUCAUGGAAGGCUUCAGCACCAUCUCCCUCCGGCUUAAGGAAAUGUACCAGAUGAUCACAAUGGGCGGUAAUGCUGAGUUGGAGCUCGUUGACAGUCUGGAUCCUUUCAGCGAAGGCAUCUUGUUCUCCGUCAUGCCGCCGAAGAAGAGCUGGAAGAAUAUUAGCAACCUCAGCGGUGGAGAGAAGACGUUGUCAAGCUUGGCGCUGGUAUUUGCCCUGCAUCAUUAUAAGCCGACGCCUUUGUAUGUCAUGGACGAGAUCGACGCUGCCUUGGACUUCAGAAACGUAUCUAUCGUGGCCAAUUACAUCAAGGAGCGGACCAAGAAUGCGCAGUUCGUAGUCAUCUCGCUUCGUAACAACAUGUUUGAACUCGCAGCCCGAUUAGUUGGUGUAUAUAAAGUCAACCACAUGACCAAGAGCGUGACGAUUGAGAACCGCGACUUUAUCGUUCGCGGCGGGAUGGCGAAGCAACAGCAGCAGGGUGGCCAGACCGUGGUUUGAGGAGGGAAUUGUGAGAGAAUAGAUGGAUGGGGUUGAUGGCUUCGUUUAGAAUACGUAUGAUAUUUAUUGCUCGUGUUAAUGAGCGCUUAUAGCGCGGGGCGCGUAGAAGCGAAGUGCAAUGGGCUACGGAUGUUUGGGCGGAUGGUCAACGCGAUGUCUGUCACGGGUUUGAUGAAUGGUUGACGCGGAACGAAAUGAAUAUCCACGUGCGCGCUUGAGUAAAGCUUAUUUGGAAAUAUGAAUGAUUACCUACCUAUACAUUUUGGUUGGUUCCUCUUCUCUAUGUUCCAGUAUCUUGGCGUGAGCAUGUCGUCCUCUGCUACGCCCUUCAGGUUUGAGAUAACCUAGAUAUAUAUUGGAUAGACUGCGGCCUGUGCGAGAUGGACUUGUGUUCCAGCUCAUCAGGUAAGACGCGUAGUUUGUUUCUCAUGCCUUUUCAUGAAGUGAAAAAAUAUGAAGCUUGUUAUUGUGGAUAGAUU